GAGCCAAGCAGCAGAGAGCGAGAGAGAGAGAAGGAUCGACUACCCGCUGGCAAACCCUCGUCUGUUAGCAGCUGUUAGGUAAACAUAUUUCCGUAUCCCUUUGUUAGGUCCGAUCGGAUCGGGUCGGGUCGGGUCAGGUAGUCGAAAAAUCGAGGGUUGAAAAUGGCUGGUGGACUCGGACUCGUCGCGCGUCAAUCACAGUUCAGUUUUUGGCCGCCAAGCGUCAGGUUCUUUGAAGCAAUGUCCUCCUCCAAUGCAACGUUGUAUUACACAGCCAUCGAUGAUAUGUUCAAGGAGUUGUUGCUGGACACAAGCGCAGAGGAGCAGGUGGACACCAUAGAGGAUGAGGAGCCAUUAAAAGCCACACCCAAGCGUCUAGUUCGCAUACGCAAGCAGAAUUUGUUCGCCAAGGAGCAGGAAGAGUUUGUCAUCUGCCGCCGCCUGCCGUUGCCCGCAACCAAGCCAGAUUUGUCCCCGAGCAGUCAGGAGCUGCGCAAGGAGCGACAGGCGCAGGAGUUGCUGCGACUGCGCCGUCAGCGCUGGGAGUGCGAGCAGAGGAAGCCAAUGCGACGCCUCACGAUGAGAAUUUGAGCGGGUCAGUGCUAUUGUGGACUCCGGUGAUCGAUAACAAUCGAUCGAUUUUGCAAUCGAAUGCAGUGCUUCCGUGCCUUAUGCUUUACUUUUAAGUCGUUUCUUAUAAGUUGUUCUAAGUAUGCAAUGGUGA